GAGAGACUGCAAGUGGGGGCGGGCUGCUCUUGAGCUAGUGGCACGCACAAGUGCGGGGCGGAGCGAGAGCAGGAAGAAGGAGAAAGGAGGGAAGAAAAGGAAGAUCGCGAAGAAAGUCAUCAGGCCAAGGAGUCUUCAGAGCAUUUGACUGGCAUUGAAGAAAGGACAUCAUCAUGGCCUCGGUGUCCACUCAUGGAAGCCAAGAGAAGAGUCCCCACUUGCCACCGUUUAGCAAGCAGAGCCUGUUGUUUUGCCCAAAGUCAAAACUGCACAUCCACAGAGGAGAGAUUGCCAAGAUUAUCCGAGAGUGCCAAGAAGAAAGUUUCUGGAAGAGAGCUCUGCCUUUUUCUCUUAUAAGCAUGCUUGUCACCCAGGGACUUGUCCACCAAGGUUAUUUAGCUGCGAAUCCAAGAUUUGGAUCGUUACCUAAAGUUGCAUUGGCCGGGAUCCUGGGAUUCGGCCUUGGGAAGGCUUCCUACAUAAGAGUGUGCCAGAGUAAAUUCCAUUCCUUCGAGGAUCAGCUCCGUGGUGCUGGCUUUGGUCCCGAGCAUAACAGGCACUGCCUGCUUACCUGUGAGGAGUGCAAAACCAGGCGUGGAUUAAGUGAGAAGAAAGGGCCCCAGCCAUCUGCUUCCUAAACCCCGGCUGUGCUUUUCAAUGAUUUCUAAACCUCUGAAUCUGUACACAUUUAAACUUUCAAGUGUACUCUAAGAUAAUCUACUUCUAUUGAAACAGAAACCUUGUCCUCGCGUUCCUUUGAAAUGCUUGUGGUGGAAGGCUCUCGGUUGACUUGAGCAUGGCGUAUUCUUCCGUUCUUCGAGAACAUGUUGGGAGCCACCACACACUACCCAGGAAAUAAAGUUACACCCCUCCAUAGCUUAGAGCUUCCUGGGAGAAUUUUGAGCAGCUUCUGGGUAGACUUUCCUGCAAUUCUUUUACUCUGCUUUACUUCUUCCUUCUUCUUCUUCCUUCUUCCUUGUUCUGCUUCCUUCCUUCCUCCCCCUCCCCCUCCUCUUCCUCCUCCUUUUCUUCCUCCUCCUUCUAUUUCAGUGAUUUAAGUUCUCUGGUAGGGAACAGGAAUGAAUGAUGUGGAAGUUAGUCAGGAAGCCACGACCCAAAGAAAACCUAUGUAUAUGGAUCUAGAAAUCCAGGAGCAUUUGCGUUUUAGUGCUAGAAGUCCAUCCUAAAGUCUAGGAGCUGAGAUCUGUAACUCGGUGGGAAAUGUUUCCCACGAAAGGGUCACCAUAUUAAUCAGCUUGUAUAAUCAGGAGCUCAGCACAGCACGGGAGCUGUGAAAGUGCCCGUCACCUGCGGGCGACCUGCUUGGCUCGUGGAUGCAUUCCCAUAGUCAACACUCAAUAGACGGUUCAGAGAAGGAAGACAACUUCCUAAUCUGCUCUCCCAGGGAGCAGCUUACUGGAAGGAGAACCAGAGGACUGAAUUAAUUCUAAAAAUGAGAAACUCUUGAGACUUGUGGGAGCUCAGAGGCAGCCAGCACAAUGGCAUGAGUUCUGUUUCUUCUCCAGACAACCCGUUACAUGGGAAGUGUGGUUCUUCCCUUUUGGAACAUCUUGCUUUAUGGCACGUUGGCUGAGCCCCAUGGAAAAGCUCCCUUUGCAUCUUUGCUUUCCUUGUUUCUCAGGAAAAUGUUCUGUCCACAAGUCACCAUUUAAAUAUAGAGUAUGCGUGUGGGGUGAGGGCUGCUUAUACUCCAUGUAUCUACAAGCCUGGAGUUAAAAAGAAAAUUUCAUCAGAGGUUAAUAUCUGAUGUGAAAUCAUUUCACUUUAAUCAUUAAAAGAUGUGGAGGCUUAUU